AGAAAUAAGGAAAUAGGAUUAGCCUUACUUGGAAAAUCAGUGCAAUGUGAUUGUUAUUAAUUAAAAAAAAAUCAAAUGUAAAUGUUAUGUUCAAACUAUGAUUUAAUACAAGUGUAAUAAAGAAUAUAUUGCAUUAUUGUGUUGUGUGAAUUAAAUAAAUUAUUAUUGGUGUCGGUUUUUAAAACAGUUUUCCAUUUAUUAUUAGUUAAAUAUGGCUUUUAUUUCUUAUUUCUUUGAUAACUACACAGCAAGUUUAUACGAUAUAAUUGUGGAGUACGUGGACACUGAAUACAGUUUGUGGCUGACAUGGUUCCUGACGCCGGUCAUAGUCACGUUUCUGCUGCCCGCCGUCAUCAUCGUGCUGAUCUACAUGAGCAGUGUCAUCUUUCAUCUGUACAGACUCUACAGAUUGCGUGUCGUGGAUGGUGUUCAAAGCGAUUGGAGACAAGCAGCCCGACUCGCGGUCUGCGCGCUGUGGGACGCGCACGGCUGGCUGUUUCAUGGUUACGAAAUAGAUGGUAUCGAGAAUAUCCCGGACGGUCCAUUCCUCCUCAUCUACUACCACGGCGCGCUCCCCAUCGACAUGUACUACUUCACAGCUCGGAUGCUGCUGUUCAAACGGCGACACAUACAUACCGUGGCUGAUCGGUUCAUGUUUAAGAUACCCGGUUGGAAGUCCCUUCUGGAAGGGCUGUGCGUGAUCCCGGGCACGGUGCAAACUUGCGCAGGUGUGUUACGAAGUGGUAACCCGCUGGCCAUAUCCCCGGGCGGUGUCUACGAGGCCCAGUUCGGAGAUCAUUAUUACAGACUCAACUGGAAAUCGAGGAUUGGCUUCGCGAAAGUCGCUAUUGAAGCGAAAGUGCCAAUAGUCCCGAUGUUCACACAAAACGUGCGCGAGGCGUUCCGCACGGUGGGCUGGCUGCGCGGCGUGUGUCUGCGCAUCUACGCCGCCACGAGGAUCCCGCUGUCGCCCGUGUACGGGGGCUUCCCCGUCAAGAUGGUCACGCACCUCGGCCCGGCCAUACCGUACGAUCCCACGCUCACGCCGGAGAUGCUUCAGCAGAAGGUCGCGAGUGCAAUCGAAAGUUUAGUCGAGGAACAUCAGCGAGUACCCGGUAGCAUAUUACUAGCCCUCAUUGAGAGGGUUUACCAGAUGCCGAAGAAGAAGAACAAGAACAAGAAAGCGCACACAAAUGGCACCUGUCAAAAUGGCGUGUCUAAAAAGGAACAUGCGAACAGUUUGAGUGAUAAUACUACUAACAGUGAUAAAGUCAAAUUAUCUUAGAGUGGAGAGACCUUAGGAAUUGUGAAUUAAUACGGUGAAUUAAUAUCAUGUAUGCAAGACGCAAAUAUGCUUAGCGUUUUUUCGUGCUGGCAACAUUGGUGAGUGAAUUUAUUAGAUGUACAAAUAAAGCAUUUUUUUUUUCGAUAACUUCCAUAUGCGUUUAUUAUAAAUCAAUUAUAAUUUAUAUUAUAUUUGCUUAUAUAUAUGUAUUUAUUUUAAGAUCAUAAAUGUUUUUUUAUAGAAAUAAAUGAUGCAUAAUAAUUUUUUUUUGGAAUAUUGUGGAUGUAUGAAAUACUCGAAAGUAUGUCAUUCAAUUGUAGCUUAGUGUUUAAAUUGUUUAUUUAACAUUUCGAAGAGCAUUCCUAAAAAAAUAUAAUUAUUGCUUCCUUGAUUUUCCUUAAAAAAUAAUUUAGGCUUAUUAUCAAUUAUAUUUAUAAUUAUACAUAUCUCAAUAUUAUAUAGAGUAUAUAUGUUAAUGGUGAUAUUCAAGGCUUAAUUUAAAAAAAAAUGUAUAUUAAAAAUAUAAUAAAAAAAAGUAUGUGAGAACAUUGUAAGUUGAAAUAUAUAUGAAAAUAGUAAUUCUUUGCAAAUUUAAUUAGUAUAGUUAAUAAUGAUCAUGUUCCUAAAUUUCCUUUACAAGUUUUUUUUUUAUUCGCACAUCAAAAUCAAUACAUCAGAUAAAUGUUUAAAACAUAGUAUAAUAGAAAUAUUUUGUAUUAAUCUACAUUUUUGUACAAUGUAUACUGUAGACAGUUGUUUCUUAAAAGUACAUUGUCGUGUGUAAGCCGUGAUAGCAAAGCUACAAAUGACAUAAUAUUUGUCAAAGUGACAGUUCAAAUGUGUUGCCAGGUGGAUACGCAUUUAAUAUAAGAAGUAUAUAUAGGGAUUGAAAACAAAUAAAUAAAAAUUAAUAGUUACGGGCUUAAAAAAUCACACUGCCAUUGAAAGCUAAAACGUUAUGUAGCCAUAUGUAAAAUUAACUUCAUAAUAGUUCAUUGAAAAUUAUUAUGGAACAUUGAAAAUAAUUAUUACUUUAAAAAAGACCACAAAAAAUACUGCGAUAAAUUAAUUAUAGCUAUAUACUUAAAUAUAUAAUGUAUUUCUAAGAAAUAGAUAUGGAAAAAAACUUUGACAAUUUAUUUGCAAUGUAAUACAAAUAAAUUUUUAAAUUAAGAACUAACGCCAUUAUACUUUAGAUUUUAUUACGAAUUAGUGUAAUAUUAACCAAUACAAGAAUUAUCUUGUAUAAAAUAAACAUCUGAUAUUUUCUACAAUAAACAUGCUUAUUUGCUUAUAAUUGAAAUAUUAUAUAAGAAAUAGUUAUACGACCUUACAUAAAAAUAUUGUAUAGAGGGUGAUUAGUUGAACAAUUCUGUCCUCUUCUUUCGAAUGUCAAUUCAAUGAUGACAGUAAGAGAAAACCCAGUGUUUAAUCAUCCGCUAGACGAUGUUUAUAAGUAAGGCCGUUAAUGUUGCUUUUGAUUAACAAAUUAAUUAUAAGAUAGGUGAUAUUUAAACCAAAAUUCUCAUAACUAAGACGCGUUUAAAUAUUCAAUGUAUUUACUGACAAUCAUCAAUAAAUACUCAAAAGAUAUAUUCAUAGGUUAGUCUUUAUAUUUCGAGUUUUGUUUGCUUUUUUAAGAGCUAUUCUAUAAGAACUAACUCGAAACUCGUCGUAGAAAAAGAUCGUGAAAUGUCAGAAAGUGAUACGCGACAUUUACUAUUAUAAAUAUAACAUUUAAAGGAUACAUGCAUCAAAAUAGCGUAACACCGUAUCCUUUAGAUUUUCGUUGUCAAAGUAAUGGCAUUUUAAUAAAAUCGAAAAAUAUACGUCAAUAAAAUUGACAACUAUCAAGAAAGGGACAAAAAAUGUCACCUUUUUAUUGUAUGUAAUGGCAAAGGUGCAGAUAACAGCUGUUUGCGCAAGACUUUCCCGCCCAUAUCAUGUCAGUUUGAUAGCGGUUACUUUAUUCUUAAAGAAUAAAUACCCUAAGGAUGUAAUUAAUAAAAUCAUAUUUCCAAAUAAAUAUGUUAGAGAAAAUGACAGAUCUUUUAAUUUAAUUAAUGCAAGAAAAGCCGCUCAUGAUCUGUUUUUGGUCUAUUAAUAUUUAAUUAAAAAUUGAGCAAUAAAUCUAAUAUAUAAUGAGAAUUGAAGUCUUUAGGCAUAGAACAAAGUAAUAUGUGCUACUUUAGAUAUUGCAUAUGUAGCUUAAUUUAUUUGCAAAGAGUAAAUAUUUAUUAUGUUAUUCACACAUUAUUUCCAAACUGUUAUUUAUUAAUAAUUAUAUAUUUAGAUCAUCAUCAUAUUGUAAAAUUCAUGGAUUUAAAAUUGUAUUAAUUAAAGUUUAGAAAAAAAAAACUUAAUUUUCUCUUCUGCUCCUAGAAUAAAGCAUUGGCUGAUUACAUAACAGCCAAGAUAUAUUGCCAUAUUUCGGUAUGUAAGUUACAUUUGAACGUGUCAAAUACAUGUACUAUAUAUUUUGCUGUACAUUUUGAUACAUAGAUAUUUAUUUAGUUCUUAAAUAGAUGUUAGAAAUUAUGUUAUUAUACAAUUCUGUAUUCUCGGCAUACUUAAUUGACAUUUGUUAUGUAAGGAAAUAUAUUUUUUCCACAUAAAA